AUGGCGGGACUUUCACAAGAAGAUCGCAACAUUAUCAAGAACCAUCCUCUAACCAGCUCAGUCAAUCAUUUACAAGGUGUGCUUCAGGAAGCUGAAAAAAUCUAUGAGUCACGUCUAAUUUCCUAUGAUGGCGCUGUUGAUAGCCUUGACCAACUCUAUCGGGGAGCGACUUCGGGACUCCUCUCUGUUUUACAGAAAGAGGGUGCAGCUUGUAACCUUCACUCACGGAUAGGUGAUGGGAAAUUGGAGUCUGAUCUAGGACACUUAGUUGAGCGUCUCAAAAAAACAAAAGGAAUCUUCAAAUAUGAUGACUACCGGCCUCUAGUACACCUGGUCAUCCAAAGGCUCCCAGACAAUGAAAUCCAGGACGUUGAUAAAUGGAACAUCGACAUCUGGAAAGCUGUAUUUAACUUCAUUGACAACAUCCCUCAAUCAACUCCUCCGACGAGCAUCCCACCCUCCUAUGACAGCACGCCAGUCAAAUCCACCUCAUCAUCGCAGAAAGGCUCCGAGCAGACGCAUGUUGAGGGCUUCUUUGACAAAUACUUUGAGGAGAAGGAUUGGAGUGACAAAGCAGAUACCAUCUGUCGACGUGUGUUAGACCCAGACAGCGACAGUAAUUGGGCCCAGUUUCCCGAUCCUCCUACACAGGGCAAUGUCCUCGCCUGGUGGUUUCGUCUUCAAGAAGACCUUCUCUCGGAAUCACGCAGCACCUACUACACCACAGCAAGCAAAGCGGAUCUUACUGGUUCGCAGGCAGAACGGCAAGUCGACCUUCUUUUGCGAGCUAGGGGUGGGAGCCCCUUGCAAAACAAACACGACUGGACAGACAUCCUGGUGGUUGGCGAGCUUAAAAAACCUGAGGAGAAGCUCGGGACCAAAGCCACAUUACUGCAGAUAGGCUGCUACGUGCGCGAGGUCUUCGAUGCGCAGCCCACCCGGCGGUUCAUCCACGCGUUCGCCGUCUGCGGGACCAAGAUGGAGGCGUGGGUGUUCGACCGUUCGGGUCCCUAUAGCUCCGGCGUCAUCGACGUCUACGAGGACUCAAAACGGUACUUUCAGGUGCUUGUUGGCUACACCAUGAUGAGUGAUGAGGAACUAGGACUGGAUAGUUUUAUUGCUAGGGAUGAAGACGGCAACAAAUCAAUAACCGUCAAAGGGCCUGGAACCCUAGACGAAAAAGUGCUGCGGCUGGGUGAAAUACUUUCCUUUCAACAUGCCAUCGUGUGUCGCGGGACCACGUGUUUUCUCACAAACGAUGGACAAGGCGUAGCUAAAUUCUCGUGGGUGUCGGACAAGCGGCGGCCGGAGGUGGAACUCCUCGAGCUAGCAUGUCAAAAGAAUGUCCAAGGAGUCGCAAGGAUCAUCGGUCACAGUACCAUCACCAGCAUCGCCGACAUGCGCUGCGGUCUGACGUUCGACAAGCGCCACCACUUCAAAAGCGCACCCCUCAGCGCAACCUCCUCAUUUCAUCAAUCUCAGCCGCUCAUCGAGCCGCGCCGCUUAGAUAUCCGUCGAAAGUCAUCUUCCAGGAAACGCAGAUCCCCGGAUAAGGGGAUGCAGGUGUCCAAACGAUCACGUUCCAUCAAUCAACCAUCAAGGGACACCCAGGAGGAGAACGAACUAGCUUUCUCCAUUCAGUCGGCGCACAGACCGAGCCUCUUCGACAGGAACGGCGAGGAGCCGUACGACAACCGUGUCCUCCGGUGUCUCGUGAUCUCGCCCGCUGGCCGGCCGAUCUAUGACUACAGGUCACCGUUGGAGCUUCUCACGGCGCUGCGCGAUGCAAUAAAGGCGCACCGGUCUCUUUACCUGGAUGGGAACAUCCUUCAUCGGGAUAUUUCGGAGAACAAUAUAAUAAUAACCGAUCCAGGCAAGGCGGACGGUCACUCGGGCAUGCUAAUCGAUUUGGAUCUUGCCAAAGAGGUUGGGAGCGGGAGAAGUGGCGCGCGGCACCAGACUGGCACGAUGGAAUUCAUGGCAAUUGAGGUGCUGCUUAAUAUCGACCAUACCUAUCGACAUGAUCUCGAGUCGUUCUUCUACGUGCUUAUCUGGCAAUGUGCCCGUCAUGGUUGGAACAAGUUAAAGCAGUUGCGAGCGUUGUAUCACCUACAUGGCUGGUUGGGAGAUAGUAUGUUAGAAAUAUGGUGCGCCGGAAGUCAUGAGACAAUCACAAAUACCAAACAAGGCAACAUCGGAGCUGGUGGAUUUGAGCGCAUCUUAACAGUUGAAGUUUCUCCACCGAACAACAGUUUACUGACAAAAUGGUACACCGAUACUUACAGGGAGAUCGCAAGAAUUAAGCGAAGUGACAUGGGUGCAGAUGGGUUUGAGGAUAUUUUAUCUGAGUUUCCACCAAUAUUUGAGUGUGCCAAACCUCUUUGCAGAGCUAUACGAGACAUUCUUUUUCCGUACGGGGACAGAGGAAUUAUCAUUGGCACCCCGCAAGAUCCGAAGCGUUUAUAUAAUCCUGUUAUCAAGGCAUAUGAUGAUGCGAUCGCCAAAAUCAAAUCUUGA